GGGGCGGGGCCUGUGCAGGGAGGGCUCUGAGGGGUUUCGGUCCGGCUCGGCACGGCACGGCCUGGUCCGGCCGCAGCCAUGAUCCACAGCCUGUUCCUCAUCAACGCCUCGGGGGACAUCUUCCUGGAGAAGCACUGGAAGAGCGUCGUGAGCCGCUCCGUCUGUGACUAUUUCUUUGAGGCGCAGGAGCGGGCCUCGGAGGCGGAGAACGUGCCUCCGGUGAUCCCCACGCCUCACCACUACCUCCUUAGCGUCUACCGGCACAAGAUCUUCUUCGUGGCCGUCAUCCAGAGUGAGGUGCCACCGCUCUUCGUCAUCGAGUUCCUGCACCGCGUCGUGGACACGUUCCAGGAUUAUUUUGGUGUCUGUUCAGAGGUGAUCAUCAAGGACAAUGUUGUGGUGGUUUAUGAGGUGCUGGAGGAGAUGCUGGACAAUGGCUUCCCACUGGCAACAGAGUCCAAUAUUCUGAAGGAGCUGAUAAAGCCACCUACAAUUCUGAGAACAGUCGUCAACACCAUCACAGGAAGCACUAAUGUGGGUGACCAGCUUCCCACUGGACAGCUCUCAGUGGUGCCUUGGAGACGUACUGGUGUAAAAUACACCAACAAUGAGGCCUAUUUUGAUGUGAUUGAGGAGAUAGAUGCAAUCAUUGACAAAUCAGGUUCCACUAUUACUGCUGAAAUCCAGGGAGUGAUUGAUGCUUGUGUCAAGCUGACUGGGAUGCCAGACCUUACCCUCUCCUUUAUGAAUCCCCGGCUCUUGGAUGAUGUCAGCUUUCACCCGUGUGUGCGUUUCAAGCGCUGGGAGUCAGAGAGAAUCCUCUCCUUCAUUCCUCCUGACGGCAAUUUCCGCCUGCUCUCCUACCAUGUCAGUGCUCAGAACCUUGUGGCAAUUCCUGUCUAUGUGAAGCACAACAUCAGUUUUCGUGACAGCAGCUCGCUGGGACGGUUUGAGAUCACAGUGGGGCCAAAGCAGACCAUGGGCAAGACUGUAGAGGGAGUGAUGGUCACUAGCCAGAUGCCAAAAAGUGUCUUAAAUAUGACCCUCACACCCUCCCAGGGAACACAUGCCUUUGAUCCAGUUACAAAGUUACUGUCAUGGGAUGUUGGGAAAAUAAACCCCCAGAAACUGCCAAGUCUGAAGGGGACUGUGAGCCUGCAAGCUGGGACAUCAAAACCAGAUGAAAACCCCACCAUUAACCUGCAGUUUAAAAUUCAGCAGUUGGCUAUAUCUGGACUGAAGGUGAAUCGCCUGGACAUGUAUGGGGAGAAGUACAAGCCAUUCAAGGGGAUAAAAUACAUGACUAAGGCUGGCAAGUUCCAAGUCCGAACCUAGAGGCUCCUGAGAGCAAGAAGAGCACUUUUCUUACUUCCCCUGGCCCUGGCUGUUGGAUGCAGCCUCUUAUCCCACCCAUCUGUUUAGGGUUGCUCCCUUGUCUGCAGUAGCAUAAGCAGGAAAGCCAGUGCUCAGAGUGCUGGAAGCAGGGAAAAGUAAGGUUGACCUGAAACCACCUCAUCCCUUCCUGAGUCUGAAGUUUUUGGAACAAUAGUAGAUGGGAGAGUUGCUCAGGUCCCUUAGGAUUAGUGAGUCAGCUGUGUAAGCUUGUAUCACCUUUAUUUUGCUGUUUUAGAGGAAAUUCUAGGGAUUUAUGGCCUUUUGUAGCUCCUCUUCCUUGUGUUUUGUUUGGCUUUUAUCCCGUUGUACAUGCUGCAAAGUUGAAUUUCCAGACUUCCAUGUGAUGAUCCAGCACCUGCAUUCCUGUAUCACUGGGUGUGAGGGUGUAGAGCUGUGCAGCUCUUGCCAGCAGAGAGAACAUUGAGCUGUUCUGCCUCAAAAGGAUUGGAAGAAGUGGAAGGGUAGAUUGUUCUACCCAGGAUGGUAAUCUGAGAAGCCUGAGACCACAAAGAAAAGAAGAGAAGGAUUCUGUUCUUUCUCUAGGUAUUUCAUAUGGUAUCCUGGUCAUCAAGGAUCUUGAGUCUCUGAAUACAGACUUGAAAUACAUUCAGAUCUUGUAACUGAUGGGCAGUGGUACCUCCAUGUAAUUCUGCUUCUCCUCUUGUUUCAUCAGUGGUUGAAGGUAGGAGUUCUCCCAGGUUAUUUGGGGAAUCAGAAGAGACAGACAGGGGAACUUCUGUGGAGACAGCACUGAUGGAAUUGGAAGCUGUGGCUACAUGAAGAUAACCACUGUCCUAGUAACUUGUUGGAGCCUCCUUUUCCCUCUCCUUUCCUAUUGCAAAUGAUGCUGAUAGUGCUGUUUCCCUGCUCACUGAUGUCUUCCUUUGAGAUAAUUGUGACCUGGUACCUUUGUAGUGUUCCUCCUGUCCUACCUCAUUUCAGUUUCUGUACCACUCAGGUGCUGUGCAGAUGGAUUCAAACCCAUGCCAGGUUUUUCACUGGGAUCAUCUCUUCCUGCUGUAUCUGCCAGGUUUUUCACUGGAUCAUCUCUUCCUGCUGUAUCUGCCCAUUCCAGGCUGUGGCACAUCCCUCUGUAGAGCAGAAACAGGAACAGAGAGGCACCUGCACUGUUCACAUGGUCUGUAUCAGGCUCUUUGGCACUACAGGCCAGUGCAUUUUCUCUUGGUGGCAGAACUUGCACCUAAGCUGCUGCACACAUGAGCACACACGUGUGGCUCUGGAGUCCAGCGUGUGCAGUUCAUGUUUGUGAACAGAACAGGGGGACCCUAAUGAGGGAGAGCAUUCACUCCACCUUGCAUGUGGUGGGCACUUCAUGAGUGGCACCUUGCUUGUGGCAUUGCCAGUUCCUGUGCAGCUGAAGAAUGCCAGAGCAGGUGACAUUCUGUGAGGUGACGUAACUGCUGAGCAUGGUCAGUGCAAACAAAACCUUCAACAAGGGCAUCAAUAAAAUUAAUUUUUACAUGUCA